AUGCACGAGCAGACUGCGGAUCUCUGGCCCCACGUCUCAUUUGCGCCUCUUUCACGUGUCGGCCCGCGCUUCCCCGCCCGUGCAGGCACGGAGGGGGCGUUUCGGUUGGGGUGCGAGCAUGCGCUGGGCGCGCUGCGUGCCAACGAGGCGUCGCUGUGCGCGCUGCUGGAGGCAGCGCUGCUGGACCCGGCCGUAGACUGGGACUCGGAGGCGGCGGCCAAAGCGGGCAGCAAGGCAAGUAGUGGAGCAGGCUGGGGUGCCGUGCAGCAGCAGCAGGAGGCGUGGAAGCAGGCAUCCUCUGCUCCUGCCUUUGGCCAGGCGGUGGCGCUGCAGCUGUUUACACUGCGCCAGACGGGCAGCGCUGAUGCGCUGGCAUCCGCAGCGCGCGGAGCGGGCGACAGCCUGGCGGCCGCCACAACCGCACUGGACGCUUACGUGCGCCAAUUCCUGGCAGUAGCUGGCACUGCGGCCGCUGCUGCGGAGUCACAUGCCGUGCUGCAGCGCUGCCAGGCCACCCUGGGCAGUGCCGCAGCGCAGGAGCAGCAGCUGGCGGCACAGGCGGAGGAGGGACGGGCGGCGGCGGCAGCAGUGCUGGCCGAGGCACAGCCUGUGGCGGGCCAGGUGCUGGCGAGCCUCCAGGAGUGCCAGGCCUGGCAGCAGCGGCACGACGCGCUGCUGCCCCUGCUUCUCAACAACCCUCCAGCAGCGCUGCUGGCGGGCCCCGCAAUUAUGGACCCCGUGGCAGCGGCAGCCGCUUCGGGCGCCCCACUCCUGCUGGUCACCUCUCCAGCCGGCGCUGGCACUGGCGACGGCAGCGGCAGCAUCGUGCACACCGCACUGGGCAUGCUGCCCGGGCAUGCGCCGCUGUCGGCGGGCCUGCUGCUGCAGGCAGCCAAGCUGGAUGCACAGGGCCAGCAGCUGCUGCAGGAGCGGUCGGCGGCGGCGCUGCACUUGGCGGCGGCGCUGCAGCAGUAUGCCGCCGCCGUGGCCUGCCUGCUGGGCGGCGCCCACUACAGCAACAGCAGCCAGCAUGCCCACUGGCUGGCCGCAUUCCAAGCCGCCCUGGAGCUGCCUGCGCCCCAGGGCUUCCAACGUGCUGCUGAGCUGGCGCCACGCCGUCCCGACCCAGCCGUAGUGCUUGCCAGCUGGCGGCCGCUGGCCGCUUCGGCGGCUGCGGCUGCCGGGCUGGCAGAGCAGCUGGGUGGCACCGCGGCGGCGCUGCGGCUGGAGCGAGUGGACGUCGCCCUGUCAGCAUCAGAUGCGCUGCAGCGAAUGCGAGAUGUUGCUGAGGGCUGCUGGGCUGCAGCCGCCAAGCCCACCGCCGCCUCAGGCGCAGGCCAGCAGGGCGAGCAGGGUGCAAUGGCGCUGGCGGCUGCGUUUGCUGCCUUGAGCGAGGCGCAGGCGGCGGCGGUGCAGCAGCUGGCGGCCGAUCAUCACCAGCAGCUGGUUCAGGAGGAGCAGGAGGAUGUGGCGGCAGAGCCUUUUCCUGAGGAGGAGGCGGGGGCGCUGCUGGCAGCUGUGGAGCGGCUGGUCCUGGGUUACGCCAGUACCGCGGUGGCGCUGCGGGACACCACUUCUGAGGAGUUUUUCCUGGCGCCAGAUGGCGGCAACCUGCUGGCCUGGCUGUCGGCGGCGGUGCAGGCAGUUGACAGGCUCAGCACUGGGAGCGCGGAGCUGCAGCUGCUGCUGCCGCCGCUGCUGGCCCUACUGUGCACACCUGCGACAGCAGCACAGGUGUCGGACGCCGUGGCCGCAGCUGCCGAGCAGCUAGAGGAGGAGGAGGAGGGGGAGGCUCAGGAGGAGGAGGAAACAGGGACAGCUACAGCAGGAGCGGCUGGAGGGAAGGAGGAGCAGGAACAGGGGCAGGAGCAGCUGCGUGUACCAUCCCGCAUGUGGCAGGAGGAGCGGGCAGCGGCCGCUAUGCAGCCGCUGCUGGCGGCAGCGGGGCAGCACGCCGCGUUUGCUGGGCUGCUGCAAGGCCUGCAGCAGGUGCAGGCCGCGGCCCAGCUGCUGACGGCCGGAGAGGAGCGGCGUCCGCUGGCGCAGCAGCAGCUGGCGCUGGCUGGCGCGGUGGUGAGCACGUGGCAGGAGCUAGAAGACGCAAUGGAGGAGGCAGCGGCAGCAGAGAGCAGCACGGAAGAAGUGGUGGCAGCGGCGGGCACCGGCGACGGCGCUCCCUGGCAGCAAUGCAGCGCCGUUCUGGGGGAAGCGGUGGCCGCGGAAGUGGCACAUCGCUUGCUGCCCCCCCUGGCAGCAGCCCUGGGCAGCACGUCUGCGACGCUGCGCGCUGCUGCUCCCAGCCUAGCACGGCGCUCUGGGCUGGUGUCACCAGAGCCUGCCCCGCUGCCCAUCCUGCCUGGCUCCAGCCCGGCCCAUGCGCCGCCGGCGCCACAGCCUGCUGGCGCAGACCUGGUACCAUUCACCGACUUUGAUGACGGCGAGCUGCCUGGCGCGGGCAUGCUGCUGGGCGGACUGCUGACGGAAGAGCUGGAGCCAGCGGGUCGGGGCGGCGGCGGCCUCCAGCUGGCGGCACGCCAGCCUGGCGGGGCAGCCGAGGCUGCCCUGGUUCCGUUUUUGGAUUUUGAUGAGGACCUGGCGGGCGCAGAUGAUCUGCUUGAGGAGCUGGAGCCGGCAGCUGGGGCGGAGUUUGAGUCCUUGGAGGGCGGCGGCGGCCUGAGCCAGCUGUCAGAAGAAGAGGUGGGCGAGGGAGAGGGAGGCAGCAGCAUCGGCGGGGCAGGCGGCGCCCAACAGCUUGCGGCGCUGCUGGCGGCGGCAGCUGAUGCCACCGGCGCUCUGGCUGCCAUGGAUGCGGCUCAGUAUGUGAGCGGGCUGGCGCUGCAGCAGUGCCGUCGCGUGCGGCAGCAGCACUGCGCUGAGCUGGCGGCUUUCCAAUGGGUGAACGAGCACCUGCUGCCGCCGGAGGCAGCCGCCGCCACCGCUGGCCUGGUGGCAGCUGUGGAGCUCAGCGCGGCUGCGGCGGGCGCGGCGGGCGCAGCGCUGCCGCCCCUGCACCCCGCGGUGGCGUCCUGGGCGCUGCGCGGCAGCCGGCGCCAGCUGCUGGAGCAGCUGCAGGCUGGGUCGGGGACCCUCCUCAGCCUGCAGGCUCCCUUGCAGCAGUGGGAGGCCGCCAUGGCGGCGGCACAGCAGCAGGUGGCGGGUGAGGUGGCAGCGACUGCGCCGUAUGCGGCAGCCCAGCUGCAGCACCACCUGCACCAGCAGCAGCACUGGCUGGCGGCGGCUGCAGGCCACGCCGCGUACCUUCUGGAGGCCAGCCAGGCAGUACUGCAAUUCGAGGCGGCUCGUACCGCCGACACCCAGGACGGCGCCCACGUGGGGCCAGGCCAGCUGCAGCCCGCCGCCGACCGCUAUCAGGUUGAGCAGCGGGAGGGGUGGCGCCGCUACGCCACCCUGGUGCGGCACAUGCAGCAGCUGCACGGCAACUACGCGGCGGCCGAGCGGCGCCUGGCGAUGGCCGCCUCCGAGCUUGAGCAGCUGCGCCAGCGGCGUGCAGAGGCCACCUCAAUCAUGCAGUCAGCAGAGGCAGCGGGCAGCAGCGCUGCGGCCGCCUUUGCCGCCGCCGCCCUGCCCCUCGUCCACGCCACGCAGCAGCUGCCGACUGCGGUGGGGCAGGUGCUGCCGCUGUUGGCAGGCUGUGCCGACUGGGAGGGCCGGCUGCGCCUGGCUCAGCACUGGGUGGGCGAGCUGGCAGACGUCGGCGCCGCCGCCGUGCCCGCCGCAGCCGCAGCAGCAGACGAGGCCGCCGAGCGGCUGGCGGCGGCGGCCGGCUGCCUGCGGGAGCUGCCCGCCGCCGUGGCGGCGCUGCAGGCCGCGCUGCUGCCUGUGCGCAACAAGCUGCUGGCGGGCGGCAGGGGCGAGGCGGCCGCCAAGCAGCAGGCGGCGCAGGUGGUGGAUGCGCUGAGCGCCGCGGUGGCCCAGCUGCAGCCGCAGCUGGACCAAGCGGCGCAAGUGCAGCGCUGGCUGGCGGCGCUGCCGACCAGCCUGCAGGCACUUGCAGCCCAGGCCGCCCAGCAGGCGGAGGCCCUGCAGGAGCAGCACGGCUUCAGCCUGCACGGCCUGGAGCAACUGCUGCAGGGGCAGGCAGCAGGCACGCCGCCGGCCUCUGCCCCCUCGCCCGCCGCAGCGCGUGGCACCUUGACGGGGGGCUUGAUGCUGGUGCCGGCGGCCCCCAGCCGGCGGCAUGGGCUCAAGCAGGAGGAGCAGCGGCAGUAUGCAGCAACACUGCUGCAGCGAUUCAGGGCCAAGCUGCUGGGCCAGCGAGUGGCGGACAAGGCAAGCGCAGGCGGCAGCGGCAACGCACGUAAGGCGUGGCGCCCCAGGCUGGUGGCCGUCGCUGCAGCGGCCCCUGGCAGUGCCGGCGGCGGCGAGGCGCACGAGCGGCGCCCCGACCAGAGCCCUGCGAGCGUAAGUAAGGUCGUGUGUGGCUCCUGCAACGUGUACGCUGUGACUGCGCGCCUGCUGGCCUGCCCAAGCUGCUGCAUGCUUCAGCAUAACUCUGCGUGGCGGUUCCGCUGUCAUUCCGUACUCGCCUGCCCGCCUACCCAUUCCUUGCCGUCCACCUCUUGA